AUGGUUGUCGAGGCAAAAUUAUGCUGGCUCUCCAUCCUGUUAGGCAGCUGCUGGGGUACAUUCAGCAUCCUGCGCGAAGUCCUGGGCCUUUACACCCAAGGAUCCGUGUCUUACUCCGUGGAAACCAAUUAUCUGUCCUGGAACACGCCUUUCCCGACCGUGACACUGUGCGAACAGCUGGACCCCGAUAGGCUGAAACGUUACUUAGCUGCGAAGAAACUGCCGCCCACAAUGCUAGCGUUCUUCCGAGACGUGUUCUACUACAGCAAUCAGCAGUGCAAGCAGUGCACCAUCUGCAAGAACACCACCUGCGUCGACAACUACAUGGACUACGUCAACGAGUACCGGCUCAAGUGUGCCGAGAUGCUGAACAAGUGCUGGUGGGCGGGGAAGCCAUACAACUGCUGUGAAAUAUUCAGCCCGCUAGAAACGGAGUAUGGAACGUGCUUCACGUUCAACUCGCAGUUGGCUGGCAAUGGCUUCGUCAGACACGUCAACAGAACCACUGGCCUGCCGAGUCUUGUCUUCACGGCCAGUCGGUUGAUUACGUUGCGUAUACACGCCCCUGAUGACGUGGUAUCCGUCAAAGUGGAGAAGAUUGUGACCACCGACACGAUGCCCCUUGUGUCUGAACUCAACGCAACCUUGAAGGCAGAAGCAAUAACAAGCGACAUGACAAUUCACCGCUUGGACCCUCUCCGCCGCGGCUGUUUGCUCAUGCGCGAAAAACCGGCGUUCGCGCAACACUGGCCUUUCCAGCGGUACUCGUACAGCGCAUGCGUGGUAUACUGCAGGGCUAAGCUCCAGGUCGACUUAUGCAACUGCACACAUCACUUCAUGGUCAGGCUAAUGCCAGACGCAAAGUUCCAGGUUGACCUGUGA